AUGCGCGACCACGCCUCCCCGUACAGCAGCAUGGCGGCGCCCGGGACGGCGGCGGGAGCGGCGACGGCUGCGCUGGUGCAGUACGUGGUGCUGCGGGAAGACUUGGCCCGCUCGUGGUCGCUGGGUGCGGUAGUGGCCCAGGGGUGCCACGCAGCGCUGGCCGCCGCGCACGCGCACUGGCAGCACCCCGACACCCGCGCCUACUUAUCGGAGGGCGGCGCCAUGCGCACCGUGGUGCUGGAGUGUGCAGGUUUUGAGGAAAAACAAGACAGUUCACCCACUGAAGCUGAAAUGGAAAGAACUAUCACUUAUGGAUUCCUUUUGCUGAACAGAGAUAUUGCUUCUUAAAACUAAGGUACCAAUCCCUUCUACUAAGCAAACCAGCUUAUAUUAGGUUGACAAUUGGGCUUGAUGCCCUUAGUGGUCUUUCCAACCAGAAUGAUACAAUGAUUUUGCCCUCUGAUGUGCAGAAUCAAACUGUAUAACCUGAAUGAGGCUAUCAUAGAAUGGCCUGGGUUGAAAAGGGCCACAAUGCUCGUCCAGUUUCAACCCUGAGAUAGUAAGCUAAAGAAUACAAGAUGUAAGGGGUCCAUAACAUCUCUUGGUUUUGCUAACUCAAAAGGAAGUUGCAAAUAGCAUCCAUUAGUUUAACCUUCUGCUAACUCAAGGGGAAUUUAUUGCUUAGUCUAACCUUUUGCUGGCCCCAGCAUAUUCUAAAAAAGGGAGCCCUCUCAAGUCAGUAGAAAAGGGGCCCCUAAGAAAACAAUGGAAAGGGAUGAUAAGCAGGAUAAGAAAUUGCUGAGGCAUGCAGGGUGGGAGAAGAGCUCAGAACUGGGAAAAAGGUCAGAAGGACAUGGCGAGGAAGACAUCUGACUUCAUCCCAGAAUGACCACCGAAUGGGGAGGAAGAUGUCAAGCCUUCAUCCAAUGGAAGCUACUGCGCAUGCACUGGGGAGGGGGACAGUAUGUAAACGAAUUCCUGGAAAAGUAAUGAAUAUGUCAAUGGGUCUUAGGUAAUACUGCUGGGUAUGUAUGGCUUGGCUUAUAAGUGUAUCAAGACCCCACUCUCUGAUGUGCAAAGGUAGGAGGAGCGAUCCCCCUUGCACCCAGCG